UAUUGCAGUAUUAUAGAAAAAAUCUUUAAGUAAGCUUACAAACAUUGUGAGGAAAAUUAAGUACCAUUAGUUCAGUGAUCCACAUUAGAACAGACAUUAUAAAAGUAAUCCCACCAUUAAGCAUAUUCAUUUGUGCUAAACUCAGGUUUCUCUUGAAAUCUGAGAACUAGGUCUGUAAAAACGCCACACUUUAAAUAGCAGGGAGACCUAUAGGGCAGAAAGAAAUCAGGAGGAGACUUCUCUUGUGAGCCGACUGCCCAAGUGCCUCUGAGGAGGGAGGGCAGAGACUGAGCAAAGGCUUUGGAAGGAGCUCUGGCUCCACAGAGCGGCCACACUCCUCUUCAACACUUUCCUUGCACUGCCACUUCCCCUCAGGUUCCCUGCACCUUGACUCCCUUAGAACAAGCUCUGCUUCCGAUGCUGCCUUCAAGGUUUGCCAGUGGUCUCACAAGCCCCUGGAGGAUUAAAAAGGUCUCUCUAAAUGCAAUUUGGGCUCAAACAUCCAGUCCUGUGUCAUCCUCCUGCAGCUGAAUGAGCUUACUGACACUGAGCUUGCUGAAUGCUGUUUGUUGGUGUUUAGAACCAGAUUGGUCUUGGAAGACCUACCAAGAAGAUCACCUUUGUCACCAAUGGAUUGGUCAACAACCUCAACUCUUAUGGAGCAGAAAUCUUCUCUAUGUGCAGCGGACUCACCACCUACAUGGCUUAUGAAGUUCACAGUGAGUGCAAGCAUUGGGAAUUCGUAGAGUUACUGACCUGACAUUGUUGUCUCUUGGGGCAUGACUGAGGCACAGUUGCUGCUCUUCCAAUUUGAGACACACCAAGGGCUUCAGCAGUUCCACAAAGUGUUUAGCACCUCUGGAAACCAGGUCUGGACCAGGGUGGUGUAACAACCGCUAUACAUGACAGGAACCAAACCAUCAAAGCUCAUUUCUGGGAAGCUUAAUGGGGCUUCAAUUUGUGCCAAGACUGUUUCAGCUCACACUGCUCUCCUCUGUAAUACCCAGGAAAGACGAAGGGUCGGUCUACGAAACGCUGCCCAUCAGGUCCGAGCAGGCUGACAUGUUGACCCUUGCAGAUCCCAAAUCCUUGCGCUUCACGACAUUAAGCCAGGGAACUUCGUCCCCUCCAAGUUUUCCUGGGGGCAACAAUCCCAUUCCCCAGGGCUUUAAUGACCGACACUUGGUCGGAUUCUUUCUCAAUGUCACAGCCCAUGCGACUGGGCCCAUGAACUGGCAGCAGCCUCACCACAUCAUGCCCAGCCCUUGGGACUAACAGCACCCAGAGCACAGAGCUCCAAUUUCUGGACAGGAAAUCUCAAAGGGUGUUAAAGAGCAUGUCUUUCUGAGCAAUUCAUGCUGAAACACAAAGCUGGUGAUCUUUGGGGACUCCAAGAGAAUCUGUCCCUCACAAAGCUAAAAAAUUCACAGUGCAGCAAUUCUUCAGAACCUGGCUGGCUCUGCACAACAGCACCACCGUCCUGUAGAAAGGCAGCCAAGGUGUUACGCAUUAGCUCAUGGGUUUUUGUCUUUUCUUUCCCAGCAUUCCAAGGACCCCAGGUGAAUCUGGGAUCAUGCAUUACCCUCAAUGUCAUGAGAAUUGUGGAGCUGAAGUACUGCCAGGGCAAUGGCACUUGGAAUGGCAAUUUUCCGGUGAGUAAACCGCAGACCUUUCUUCACCAAAAGGGGGGGGGGCACUGGAGCUGUUGCAAAAAACGAAUCCUGAUGCCCUUCGUGCAAUACAUCUCCGAUUUUGAGAGGUUCCUGCUUGAGGGUGCAGAUGCUGAAACAGAGCAAUGGGUCAGCCGAUGUUUAUGUCCAGGGCUUUAAGCACGGAUUAACUGUGGCCUGUCCUCUUGCACGCAUCAACCUCUAAAGGCACCCGAUGACAGCUGAUCAGAUGCGGCAAUGAUCCACUACUGAAUGCGGGAAAAGAAUUCCUACGGUCUUUGCCCAAAACCACAGCCGUGCUUCGGGGUCCUUUGGAAAAGACUGAGGGAGGGCUGGCACUUCCCGUGGGGCAGCACUUCUUCUGGUUUAGCAGGGAUUUUUCCAAAGCUUUGGGACUUCACUGUCUCCCUUCAAAGGCAAAAUGUCUUCUUUCCCUUGGCUUUUUAAGUCUCAGCAGAUUCCCGGCGACAUCGGCAACCACACGUCACAACAGGUCAUCAUUGCUGGCCAGUCCCAAAUUGUGACCAUCAACAGGCAAUGGCACGUGGCAAUCAUUGAGAAAACCACCGGCAGCGGGUCCUGGAAAACCAUCUGGAACUACAACACGGGUGUCAUUGCAACCAGAGUCACGCAACAGAACGCCUGCUACAUUUCCAUCAUGAACAGAAAUGAGAUGCCCAGCUUCAAUAAUCUGGCCCGCCUGGCACAGGAGAGCAGGGUAAGACUCCCAAGGAGAGAGCCUACCAAGAAGAUCACCUUUGUUGCCAAUGGACUGGUCAACAACCUCAGUUCUUACGGAGCAGACAUCUUCUCUAUGUGCAGUGGAGUCACCACCUACAUGGCUUACGAAGUUCACGGUGAGUGCAAGCAUUGGCAGUUCCGCCUCAAAGUCACCUGGCCUUAGUUUCCCGUGGGGAAUGACGGACGCACAA